AUGGCAUAUUUGCAGGAUUCCACUUACGGAAAAAAUAACGUGAAAUUUUUAAAGGUGAAGAGAGAUCCAGCCAAUCCUCAGAUCCAUCAAGUUAUGGAGGCCACUGUUAGAGUUCUUUUCACGGGUGGUUUUGAUGUCUCUUUCACAAAGGCUGACAAUUCCGUCAUUAUUCCUACCGAUACCAUUAAAAACACCAUCUUAGUUGAAGCCAAGCAGACUGAAGUGUUCCCAAUCGAAAGAUUUGCUGCUCAUUUAGUCAAGCACUUUAUUGGGAAAUACGGCUGGAUCGAAACUGUUACUGUCCACAUCGAACAGGUCAAAUGGAGUAAAUAUGAAGUCAAUGGUCAACUUCAACCUCACUCUUUCGUUAAGAAUGGAGAUGAGGUGAGAGUUUGUGACCUUUUUGCAAAAAGAGACGGCUCCUUCCUUCUAAGCGGUGGUGUAAAGGGUCUUACGGUUUUAAAAUCGUCUGGCUCUAUGUUCCACGGCUACAAUGUUUGUGACUACACCACUUUGAAACCUGCUUGGGAGAGAAUUUUAUCCACCGAUGUUGACUUGAAGUAUAAGUACGAUAGCAGUAAGAUCGGGUCCAUUGAUCAGAUCUUGAAGCUCGCCGAUACCGGUCUGUUCGACAAGACUUUUGAGUCUUCCCUGAAGAUCACUUUAGACAGAUUUGCCUUAGAGAACUCUGCUUCGGUUCAGGCUACCAUGUUCAACAUGGCAUCGGAUAUCUUGGAGACUAACUCUUACGUUUACAAUGCAUCGUAUACCUUACCAAAUAAGCACUACAUUCUGUUCGACCUCUCUUGGAAGGGAUUGAAGAAUGAAAACGAAUUAUUCUAUCCAUCUCCCCAUCCAAACGGUUUGAUUAAGUGUACUGUUGGUAGAGAACCUGUUGCCAAAUUGUAG